AUGUUUAUUUGGGUAAUACUUUGUUUACAAACGGCUGAUGCGUUUUACCGAUGGUCGAAUUUCGAUAAAGCCUAUGGACCGCUGGGGUCAGAGCAGUUGGAAAUAUCACGAGAUGAGGCCAAGAGGAUGUUCUACUUUGGCUAUGACAAUUAUAUGACACAUGCCUUUCCCAUGGACGAGCUGGAUCCUAUUCAUUGUGUGGGCCGGGGACCAGAUUAUGAGAAUCCGUAGGUUUUUUUGUUUUACUGCUGUAAAUUUAGGUACACAAGUUUAUUUAUAAGUGUUAUUCUUCUAUUUUUUGUGUUUUAGAGUGUUAUUUUGGCUGUUAUAGCACAUUCUGUAUAGUGGAAGUUGGGUGGAAGAUUUUCAGUGCAAAAUACAUUACAAAUCUUCCACUGAAAUUCCUUUUUAAAAAGUGUCAAAAACGUGUUUUCAAGCCAUAUUAAGACUUUUUCAAAAUGAAAGUUGAGUGGAAGAUUUUUGAUGCAAAUUACAUUACAAAUCUUCCACUCAACUUCCACUUUUUUAAAAAUGCCAUUUUUUUAAUUUUGAUGUUCUUUUAGAGACAACAUUAAUAUCAACGAUGUUUUGGGGGAUUUUUCAUUGACUUUGGUGAGUUCUUUAAUUAUUUUGCCAUACCGUCCUGAAUUGCUUGACCUUAGCCCAGUCAUUAUUCUUAACCCUGACACCCCUACCUCAACCUUUACCCUAUUGUAUAUUAUUCUAUCUCUACCUAUAUUUUACCCUGUAUUGAAGCCAAUUUUAGGUAGAUUCACUGAACACGUUGGCAAUUAUGGGUAACAAAUCCGAAUUUCAUCGUGCUGUGAAUUUGGUGAUAGAACACGUUCACUUUGAUAAGAAUGUGACUGUUCAGGUGUUUGAGACUACAAUAAGGUAAGGGCUAUUGGACUGAACGUAUUUUACAUUAAUUUUUUUUGUAAACAAAGUUCUUGUCAUUUUUUGCUUUGUAAACAAAGUUUUUGCCAUUUUUGUUUUGUAAAGAAAGUUCUUGCAUUUUAAAAACAAUUUUCAGAAUGAUAGGCUCCCUCCUAUCAACCCACUUAAUACUCAUUGGGGAAGUACCAUCUUUCAAAGAGUACCAGCUGUCAGAGUACGAGGAUGAGCUAUUAAGUAUGGCCCAUGACCUAGCCAAUCGCCUUCUGCCAGCCUUUGAGAACACUGGUACCGGUCUACCUUUUCCUCGUGUCAACCUCAAAAGAGGUGUACCACACGGUAUCAUUAACGAAACCUGUACUGCUGGUGCUGGAUCUCUGUUACUUGAAUUCGGCAUUCUUUCUCGACUGGUCAAUGACGAUUUGUUCGAAAGAUUGGCCAGAAAAGUGGUCAAUACCUUGUGGGACUACCGGGACAAAGACACUGGUCUACUGGGAAAUGUCAUUGAUAUACAGACGGGCCGAUGGAAAGGAGUUCUGUCUGGAUUGGGCGCUGGACUGGACUCGUUUUAUGAGUAUUUGCUGAAGAGUUACAUCAUGUUCGGGGAUCAACGGUAGGUGUAUCUUUUACAAUUGUUAGCAGGGGUGAACGGACUAAAAAGGGUGGGAGGUGUGGCUUUGAUUUUUAAGUCAGGGGAGGAGUUUUUGGGGUGAAAAAAAUAUCAAUUUUAAUCUUGUUAAAACAGAAUUUUUAAUAAUAUUAUGGGCUGUUUUUCGAAAUUUUACAAAAUUUGAAAAAAACAAUUAUCGACCGUUCGAAAAAUUUUUUUUGAGUUUUGGUUGUUAUAACUUGAACUAGAGUGUAACAUAUCCUUGUAUAUCUAGUAUGUUACAGACUUUAAAAAUGAUUUGAGAGUUUUUUAGACCAAAAAAAUUAUCGACCGGUCGAAAAAAAUUUGAGUAUUGACAUUUUUUAUUUAAACUAGAUUAUGAUAUAACCUUGUAUAGGCUUUUAAAGAGCGUAAAAAAUUAUUUGAGAGAAAUUUGAAAAACAACGAAUUAUGCCAUAAAGUCUUGUCGUCAAUCUACAUCGUUGUCAAAGUUUAAAAACGACUAGACUUCGAUUUAAAGCCUUUCAAUAUUAUGAAGACAGGUAUAAAUUAAAAUAACAAAAAUCGGCAUUACCUAAUCUUUUGAUAUAAUAAGACAGCCUCAGAGAAAUUGCAAGAAUUCGUAUUACGCAACGUUUUCUUAUGUAAUAUUAUAACUUUAUAUAAUAUUUGCCUCGAUGUAAAACGACCCAACAAAUUACUGCGAGUGUUGGGAUUUUACACCGUUUUUCCGCGGGUGGUCGAUUUUUACUUGCCGAUUUCUUGCAUAAUGUGCUAAAACAUUUUUUAUACUAGAAAAGAUAAGCCUAAGCCUACUAAGCCUAAGCAUACUGAACUUAGGCAUAAGCCUACUAAGUAUAAGCCUACUAAACCUAAGUCUACUAAGCAUAAGCCUACUAAGCUUGAACUUAUUAAGCCUAAGCCUACUAAACCUAAGCCUACUAAUCUUAAGCCUACUUAGCCUAAGCCUACUAAGCUUAAGCCUACUAAGCUUAAGCCUACUAAGCUUAAGCCUACUAAGCUUAAGCCUACUAAGCUUAAGCCUACUAAGCUUAAGCCUACUAAGAUUAAGCCUACUAAGCCUAAGCCUACUAAGUAGCUUAAGCCUAAGUCUGCUAAGUAUCAGUUAGCCUAAACUUAAGCCUAAGCCUACUAAGCCUAAGCCUACUAAGCUUAAGCCUACUAAGCCUAAGUCUACUAAGUAUUAGCCUAAGCUUAAGCCUAAGUCUGCUAAGUAUCAGCCUAUGCUUAAGCCUACCAAACUUAAACCUAAUAUGCCUUGUAAGUCUUCUAAACCUAAUGAUAAGCCUGAUUUUAACUCUGAUAAGCUUAAGGGCACCAAUCCUAAGCCUACAUAACUUAAGCUUAAUAAGCCUAAGUUUUCUAAACCUAGUUCUAAGCAUAAGUUUAAACUUAACCCUACAACUUUUCAGGGACCUAGAGAUGUUCAUUCAAUCAAAAACCGCGAUCGAACUAAACAUUCGCCGAGGUCGGCCAAAAUGUCGCUUCGGCGAAGGUAACCCUCCCUUCUAUACCAAUGUCGACAUGAGAGACGGCUCGUUACUGAACACAUGGAUGGACUCACUAAGUGCCAGCUAUGCAGGGGUACAAACAUUGUCUGGAGACUUGGAUGAAGCCAUUUGUAUGCAUGCUUUGUACUAUGCUUUGUGGAGGAAGUACGAUAUGCUACCGGAACGAUACAAUUGGAGGUUACAGUAGGUUAAAAGCUGAUUCUUGGCAUAGUGGAAGUAAAGGGAAGAGAGAUAAGGUAUUUUAGUGGUUAGUGACCUUAUUUUAGGGUAAUAAGUUGAUUUUCAAGAUUUUAGGUAACAAAUUUUGUCUUUCAUUUUGCGACCGGUUGAUAAUUUUUUAGACAUGAAAAGGUCAAAAAUAAUUUUUUAAUGCUUACAAAAGGUAGUAUAAUCCUGGUCCUACCAAUAAGAAGCUUAAAACAGCCUUAAAUUUAAAAAAGUUUUUUCGACCGGUCGAUAAUUUUCCCGCCCUGAAAAGCUCAAAAAUCAUGUUUUAUUAUAAAGGGUAGUAUAAUCCUUGUCUUACCAAUUGGAAGCUUAUAACAGUCUAAAAUUAAAAACUUUUUUUUUCGACCGGUCGAUAAUUUUUUUCCCAAAAAAACCUCCUUAAAAUACAAAAAAUAAUCUAAAAACCCCAUUUUAAGGGAACCCGAGGUAAAAUUCUACCCACUUCGACCAGAAUUCAUUGAAUCCACAUAUUAUCUAUGGCUAGCAACCAAAAGCCCCUUUUAUCAACAUGUUGGGAUGGAGGUAAUGGACAGUCUAAACCGCCAUACCAGAGUAAUUUGUGGAUUCGCCACUGUGCAUGAUGUGAUGGACAAGUCUUUGGAAGACAGAAUGGAAUCGUUCUUCUUGUCAGAGACCUGUAAAUACCUAUAUUUGGUGAGUUUUGGGCCUUUUUUAUGUUGUUUUUGGGCCUUUUUCGACUGGUUGAUAUUUUUUUGUAAAAAUUUCCAAGUUUUGACUGAAUUUUUGAAACUUCAAUUGUUAGUGAUCUUCAGGAAGGAGGUUAUUAAAGUUUGAAAAUUUUUAUUUUUCGACCGGUCGAUAAUUUUUUUUGUAAAAAUUUUUAUUUUUUACUACAUAAUUUCCUAAGAAUAGUAUAUUCCAUGACAGACUAGGCCACAGUCAUACGUGUUAAAUUUUUUUUCGACCGGUCGAUAUUUCUUUUUUCAAAAAUGUUACCAAAAUGUCAUAUUAUAGUUGUUCGACGAACAAAACCCGUUGAAUAAGCAAAGUGAACGGCUGAUAUUCUCCACGGAAGGCCAUGUUUUCCCAGUUUUGGCCAAAUUUCAACGGCCAAACGACGAUCUUUUUGGUGAUUCCUUAUCACAAAAGCCUAAAGAUUUGGCCAUAGAAAAGUUUUCACUAUAUGCGGCCAAUGAAUCUUGUGAAAGUUAUCCCAAAAUUGGCCAGAUAUUGGCACCAUUGGAUUCGAAUCACUUCGAAGAGUUCUUUAGAGCAGUUGGAAUGGAUACUAAAGUUAUGGAGGUCUUUAGCGACUUGUAUGGGUAUUAG